UUGUGCUUCAGUCGUGUUGCUUCAUCGUAGGUUUGCAGUGUUUUGAGUGUGAGAUUAAAAUUGCUUGCAAAUAUGACCGAAGACACUACCGCUGUUCGAAAGCAACACCAAUUUAACCCGACGCUUCUGCUAAAUUAUUUGUCCAGCAGGAUACAGGGGUUUCCUAAAAAUGAAACAGUAUUUACUGUUAAGCAGUACAGAUCAGGGCAGUCCAAUCCUACUUUUCUCAUAAAUAAAGCAGACAAAAGAUAUGUUCUUCGGAAGAAGCCUCCGGGCCCCCUCUUGCCAGGUGCCCACAAGGUGGACAGAGAGUACCAUGUGCAGAAGGCUUUGUUUUCAGCAGGAUUCCCUGUUCCUCAGCCCUUACUGUACUGUGAUGACGUUUCAGUCAUAGGAACAGAGUUUUAUGUGAUGGAGCAUGUGCAGGGACGCAUAUUUCGAGAUUUGAGGCUUCCAGGAGUUAGUCCCGCUGAACGUUCUGCCUUGUAUGUUGCAGCAGUUGAAACGCUGGCAAAGCUGCAUGCAUUGGACUUGAAUGCUUUGGGCCUAAAAAAUUAUGGUAAAGGUGCUGGCUACUGUAAAAGACAGGUGUUAACUUGGACAAAACAGUACAAGGCUGCAGCUGAUACUGAUAUACCAACUAUGAAUAGGUUAUCCGAUUGGCUGAUUAAUAACCUGCCUUCCAAUGAUGAUGAAGUAACUUUGGUCCAUGGAGAUUUCCGCUUGGAUAAUUUAAUAUUCCAUCCCACUGAGGCUCGAGUAUUGGGAGUGCUUGACUGGGAACUUUCCACCACUGGACAUCCAAUUGUGGAUUUAGCCUACUUCCUAAUGCCUUACUCCUGGCCCCAAGGUCUCAACUUUAUUGACACAAUGGGGGAGAUAAGGGGGAUAGAAGGAAUUCCAGCACCUGAAGAACUGGUUUCCAUCUACUGCCAAUGUCGACAUCUUCCACACUCAUUGUCUCAGUGGAACUUCUUUGAAGCCCUUGCCUUUUUUAAGAUGGCUGGAAUAGCUCAGGGAAUCUAUGCACGUCAUCUUCUUGGAAAUGCUAGUGCUGAAGAUGCCUAUAAGUUUGGUGACAGUGUUAAGCCUUUGGCAGAAGUGGGACUCCAGAUUGCAGAGAGGGGUGCUUAUUCUCCAGCCAAGCAAUUAAUUGGAGUUAAAGGUCUCUUCCAACAGUCAGCAAAGGGGAGGCUGAUUCUUAGCCAGGUGAAAGAGUUCAUGAAACAACACGUGUUUCCAGCUGAACAGGAGGUUUCUGAAUAUUACAUAAAAAAUACAAAUUCACCACUGAGAUGGAAAAGUCCUGAAGUGAUUGAGAAAUUGAGGGAGAAAGCUAAAGCCUCCGGACUCUGGAACCUGUUCUUGCCUGCAGUCAGUGGCCUGAGCCAGCUAGAUUAUGCUUUCAUUGCUGAGGAGACAGGGAAAUGCUUCUUUGCUCCGGAUGUUUUCAACUGUCAGGCUCCAGAUACAGGGAAUAUGGAAGUGCUUCACUUAUACGGCACAGAGGAGCAGAAGAGACAGUGGCUGGAGCCUCUUCUUAAAGGAGACAUUCGCUCUUGCUUUUGCAUGACUGAGCCUGAUGUAGCUUCCAGUGAUGCCACCAAUAUGGAAUGUAGCCUUCAGCAGAAUGGAGACAGCUAUGUGAUCAAUGGAAAGAAGUGGUGGAGUAGUGGUGCUGGAAAUCCAAACUGUAAAAUAGCUGUUGUGAUGGGCAGGAGUAGAACUAGUUCUGUGGAAAGGCACAAACAGCACAGCAUGAUCCUUGUUCCAUUAGAGACCCCGGGAGUAAAGCUGAUCAGACCCUUAUCAGUGUUUGGCUAUGACGAUGCUUUUCAUGGUGGUCACUUUGAGAUACAUUUUGAAGAUGUGCAUGUGCCUUUAUCUAGCAUUAUUUUAGGUGAAGGAAGAGGAUUUGAAAUAGCACAAGGUCGACUUGGACCAGGCCGACUUCACCACUGUAUGAGAACAAUAGGGCUGGCUGAGCGAGCUCUGGAACUAUUGUGCCAGCGUGCGGCCUGUAGAGAGACCUUCGGAAAGAAACUCUACCAGCAUGAAGUGGUUGCACAUUGGAUUGCAGAAUGUCGCAUUAGCAUUGAACAAACCCGUCUGCUAACCCUUAAUGCUGCCAACUCCAUAGAUACUUUGGGAAGUGCCGCUGCAAGGAAAGAGAUUGCAAUGAUCAAGGUGGCAGCUGCUAGAAUGGCCUGUAAGGUGGUAGACUACGCAAUUCAAGUUCAUGGAGGAGGUGGAGUGUCACAAGAUUUCCCUCUUGCACAGAUGUAUGCAGUUGUGCGCACUUUGCGUUUUGCAGAUGGUCCUGAUGAGGUGCACCUCUCUGCAAUUGCAAAGAUGGAAGUAAGAGACCAACUCAAGAAAUUUAGGGCCAAAAUGUAAAACUUAUUCUCAACAUUUACCUUGAAUUUUUGCUUCGCUAGUAGCAUUCGCUAAUUCGUUCCCCCUUUGUUGGCUUACAAUAUAUGCUAAGCACACAUGAUUCCCUCAAAACGACUUAAAAACUUUAAAAUAGCCUAGAGGAUUUUUGUUUACAUUUUACAUCUCAUGUGCUUAAAACUAGACAUUCUUCCAAAAUGUUAAUUGAUAAAAAAUGUUGCAUACUCACAUUUAUAACAGGUUUGAUAUAGUCAUUGAGUUAACUGGUGAUUACAUAUAGAAUACUAUAUAAGUCGUGACCCACUGAAGUUGAUAGGGUAUUUUAGGAUGUAUGGGAAGUAUGUAGCAAGUUUUCAGGGACAGUUGUGUAAGUUGUCCGUACCAGAGCAUUAUAUUUUUAAACAUAUUGACGAUUCCUUUGAAAUUUUGUAAUCACACAUUAUGGGUAUGGGUCAUAAAUCAAAUGGGCAAUACAUUUUUAAACAUUUUUGUGGGAGCGUUAGCCAGGAAAAAAUAAAGUCUAAAGCUUGUAGUGUAUCCAGAUCAUGUUCCCUCCUGCAACAAUGCUGGUUUUCUGUUUCCACAAUGCAUCGCUCAUUUCAGUCAGAGCACCAGCAUUGUUGCAGGAGCGAUCAUGAACUGGAUACACUGCAAUGUUUAGAAGACAGCUUGUCUUUUUCCUGGCAGUGUGACCCUGAGCAAGCCACUUAACCUCCUUGUGCUCUGUCCUACUCAGCAUUAUUAAUUACUAUUUUUUUUUUGUCAAAAUUACCUCAUUGACUAAUUUAAAAGUUAUUUGUUGCAUGUCAAACACUGUAAAAAUGUUAGACGAUCACUGUAUUAAUGCAAUUUAUUUCCCACCAUGCAACCAGAUUGUAAAAGCCACAUUUGUAAUAUAGCAUUGAACCUUUGCUUUGAUAUUAAUGACACAAUUACAUGCUGGCCUAAUUCAAAUCAUAAUAUUAAUGGGGAAAUUGAGAGUUUACUUUAAUGCACUGUAUUAAAGAGAAUAAAGAUACUGUAUUUUGUAAUUGUUAAAAUAUUAAAAAGAUGUAAAUUAUUAACAGGCAGUUGCUAUUCAUAAUCUCUCAUGCUUCCUAGAAUACCUAUUGAUUAAUUUGAACUGCAUGCAAAGAAGCUAAGCUAGCCGGCUUUCUGUAAUGUACAGCUUUGGCCAAAAGUCACCCUAUAGAAUGACCUAAGUUUGCUUCAUAAAGUCAAAUGAAACCUGCUGAAUAAUGUAACAUAAACAUAUUGGAUUACAUAACACUUUGUUGUUUUCCAUAUACUUAAAGAAAAUUGAAAAAUGUGACAGUUCAAAAUCUAACAUGAAAUACUAUACUACUAUUAUGGCUUCCAUUAGACUUCUGCGAUAUCAUUUUGUAGUUUCUUUGAUUACAUGAUGUGAAAUAAAAGAUCUAAAUUGUG